AUGUGGGACAAGGCAUUGCAGGUGAAGGAUGCGGCCAAACCGCUUAUCGAUGGCACACCACUACUUCUCUUAGAGGCGAGAGCGUUGCUACAUGUUAACCCGAAUAUGGCGCGGUUGCGGCUUUUGUCAUAUGUGCCAACUAUUCCGCGACCUCCUUUUGCCAACACGGAAAUGUCCUGGGAGGAUAAGGAGGCCUGGCGUGGGUUGGACGAGCACUAUUUGCAAGCCGCCGUUUUGCUGGCCCAGGCUAGCGCGUACUGUGGCAGCUCCUUUUUAGAGCUUGCGGCGGCGCUGGUUCAGACAUGUUUGACGAUCAGUCCCAGCUUUGGCCCUGCACUUCUGCUUGGGCACUAUCUUGUCUCUCUGGAGGAGAUCUUGUCACGCGUGACGUCGCUCUUUGCAAGGGAGUGCUACGCUGAGGCCAUUCCUCUCAUUCAUGAGGGGUUGCUGUUAGAUAAAUCUAACCGUCUAAUGUGUGCUGCGUUGUACAGCAUGCGGGCGGAGGCCUACGCCCACCUGGGGAGGAGCAUGAACGUCAUCAGCGACUGCACCGCCGCGAUAGGGAUGGACUCCAGCUGCGCAAAGGCCUUUGUCCUUCGUGCGGAGGCCUACCAAAAGAUGAACCAGCGGGCCGAGGCAGCAAUAGAUCGCCUUAGAGCUGUUCGCUUAAGCCCAAACUUGCGACACAUUCUGCGCGGCGACGAGGAACAGUUUUUGCCUCAGCCUGAGCUCCCUCGAACACCACACAGCGAGCCGGAGGCUGCGAGGCGGCGGCCGAAGUGGUAUGAUGCCUUUACGACAAAAAGUGAGUUUUCGUAUGGGCCCAAGUCUGCAGAAGGCCAGCCCUCACGGGGCGCAGAGCCUGUACCCAAGUUGGGGGUGAAGCAGACGCUUUACGACGUCCUUCAGUUGCCUUGCGGGGCCACUAUUGCAGAGGCCCGUGCACAGUUUAAGAAGCUGACUCUCGUCUAUCAUCCUGACCGCGUUGUGACGGAGACUGUGGAGAUGCAGCAGGUGGCGUUGGAGCAAUUUAAACUCAUCAAUCAUGCGCAUGAGGUGCUGACAAACCCUGGCGAGAAAUUUUUAUACGAUCUUUCGCUUGGCCACCAUGUAUCUCCAGGUCUUUAG